CUUAUCGAGUCGAGGCAAGAAAGAGGGAGAGAUUGCUGCUGCUCCCCCGCAAGAAUCCCCAAUCUUGAGCGAAUUCUAGCGCGGCACCAGGGUUUUGAGGGGGAUUGAAGAUGAGAAGCGGCUGUGUGGCAGGCCGCGCUCCAGGGUUUCGUCUUGCAGGGCCUUGGCGAUCGUCCUCACCAGAGAGAGGAGAGGAAUCCAUGGAGGUAAUCUCCAUUCUUAGUCCUAGCCGACCGGAUUAUCCAUAGCGCCAUAGCUUUGGAGGGAUUUAGGAAUGUGCAAGGACGACAUGGAUGAUGACGGCACAGGUUCACGGAAGAAGCCGGAGCUUGGAGCAUUUCUGAGGAAGAAAUCUAGCAAGGCGGAGAGUGGUGCCAGAAAUCGGAGCCCUCGCUCAGGGGAUUCAUCAGAUGAGGAUUGGCUGCGCCAUCCACUGCUGCCACCGCAGCUCAAGAGAAGCUUUGGGGGCAGCUAUCUCUGCGACAAUUUGAAGGAUUUUAGCUGGAGGAGGCAAAAAUGGCAGGUUCUUAGCGUCUGUGGAUCCCUGGCAGUGCUGUUCUUCCUGGCUCUUGUGCUGGAGACUCUCAAGGACAGUGCCAACUUCUCGAUGGCACGGGCCCUUUCGUGGCUCCUUUGCGUUCUUCUCUCGCUGCUGCUGCUCUACUUUCUCUGCUGCGAUUACGAUGGAAGCAGGAUUGUGUGUCAGGCACUCUUUCCUCUCGUCAUUCUCUUGGCCUGCGCUGCGUGGUACGUGCCCAAGGUGAUGUGCGCUGUGAGAGAGGAUUCAGCUCGUUGCAAGCUUGUGGAUCCUCUGCCUGUGUUUCUUGUGAGCAGUCUUCCUCUUUUGCUUCUGAGCGCUCCCGUCAUGGCUCUGCGCGUUGCGUGCGCUUUGGCCGGUUUGAUCCUUUUGGUCAUUCUUUCUUUCGCUGUUUACUCCUCGAGAGAUUUGGAGUUCAUCUCUAGUGCUCCCUGGGUUUUGUCUCCGUUCGUCUUCCUGUCGAGCGUGCUGGUGAGCUACCAUGGAUGGCGGUCAGAGAAAGAACUCUUUGCUUUGGCUUGCUCUCUCAAGAAGGCUCUGUCAUGUUCGCGGCUUAACACGCGCGAGGUACAGGCGGAGCUGAGAAAUGUGAAAAAGGAUAGCUCGGAGAGGAUUGCGAAGAUGAGGCAGUUCAUCAGCUACAUCUUUCAUGAAAUUCGAGUUCCAUUUAACGCUGUAGUCCUGGGAAUUGGCCACCUUUUGGCAACCAACGUGUCAGAAGAGCAGCAAGAGGUUCUAAAUAUGAUGGAUUCAUCGUCCUCGUCUAUGAUCCGGAUCCUCAACGAUGUUCUUGACAUGGGGAAGAUAGAGUCCGGCAAAUUGCAGCUUGAAAAACAGCCGUUUAAUCUGGCAGAGCUUGUCAGCUCGUUGAUAUGGGCUUUCAAAGACACGUUAGAAUCAAAGGGCCUCGAGUUUUCUCUUUGCGUGGAUGACUGUACAAAGGAGUUCCUUUCCACGCACGACCUUGUUGGUGACAAGCACAGGAUUAGACAGGUGUUGGCCAACUAUCUGUCGAAUGCUACAAAGUUCACUCCCCGCGGUGGUAGAGUGAAGCUUCACGUUGUCUGGAACAGAACAAAACAGGACGGCUCUGGGGAUGUACCCGCUGACUCCCCCGCUUCUCAUGCCAAGCAAGAACUCUCGGAACUAAGCAAGAAACGGUGCGUUGCAAGCGUGACGGUUUCAGUAGAGGACACAGGUAUCGGGAUCAGCAAAGAAGAUCAAGUGAGGUUAUUCGAGCCGUAUAUACAAGUUCAUACCGGAUCCACGCAAUCCCAAGGUGGUACGGGCCUUGGCCUGUCCUUCGCAAAGAGGAUUGUGGAACUCGCAGGAGGAAAGAUUGGCGUGUUCUCGGACACGGGCAGAGGCAGUGUUUUCUCCUUCACAAUCCCGUUCGAAGUUGCCGGCACGGUUUCAAUCGAGGGAAAGGCAGCCGAGGAAGUGCUGGUGAAUCCAUUCGACCUUCCGGAGGAGAGCCGCGUGGAAACCGGCGUCGUGGCGGCGAGCGGUGGUUUGUCGAGCUCCCAGCAGCCACCACGGCCGACUCCAAAGGUUUUGAUCGUGGAGGACAACCAGGUGAACAGGCGGAUACUGAAAAAGCUCCUCGCCAGCUUCAACAUCGAGAGCGAUGCCGCGGAGGACGGGCUCCAGGCGGUGGAUAUGUGCCGCAGCGGUGCGCAGUACGACAUGAUACUGAUUGACAAGGAGAUGCCUGUGAUGGACGGGCACGAGGCUACGCGAGAGAUACGCGCGAUGGGUGUCAAGACAACGAUCGUCGGGCUCACGGGAAAUGCUCUCGACAGCGAUCGCAACCAGUUUCUUGCGGCCGGGGUGAACGAUUUCUUCACGAAACCGUUGUCGCGGCACCAGUUGCUGAGGCUCUUGGAGGCUCACGGACUAGUCCGCUGAUUGUGACGAAACGAGACGACACGAUCGACGUGAGAGCAAGGGAGACGGAGAAAAAGAGGAGAUCUAGAGGUACUGUUCUUGGUCUCUCUCGUUUUUUUCUUCUUCUCCCAUUCUUUGCGUGGUUGGAUCCAUCCUUUCAGGAUUCUUGGGUGCUUUGUAUUAUAGACCGAUUCAUUGGAGAAAACAAAGUAUAGGCGAUUUGUAGAAAAA